AUGAGUAAAUUAUCAUAUAUUUCACCAGAAGGUUUAAGAAUUGAUGGUAGAAGAGCAAAUGAAUUAAGAAGAAUUAAUAUUCAAAUGGGUGUUUCAAAUAGAGCAGAUGGAUCAGCAUAUUAUGAACAAGGUAAUACUAAAAUUAUAGCGGCAGUUUAUGGGCCAAGAGAGAUAUCGGUCAGUGGUCAAUCUAUUUUUGAUAGAGCAAUCGUAAAAUGUGAAUUUGCAACUAGCAGUUUUAGCACAACAGAAAGAAAACCACAACAAAAAACCAAAGGUGAUAGAGCGACCACAGAAAUUUCAAAUCUAGUAAAACAAGCAUUCGAAUCAACUAUACAAACUCAUUUAUAUCCACGUUCACAAAUUAAUAUUUAUAUACAGGUUUUACAAUCGGAUGGUGGCCUUAAGGCUGCUGCUAUCAAUGCUUCCACAUUGGCAUUGAUCGAUGCAGGUAUUUCAAUGAAGGAUUUUGUAUGUGCUGUUAGUACAAGUUGUAUCGAUGGUGUUGCCGUUUUAGAUUUAAAUCAUAUUGAAGAGCGUUCAGGUGGACCUGACUGUCUUUUAUCUAUUCAACCUCAAAUUGGUGGUGUUAUCUCUUUAAAUAUGGAUUCAAAAGUCCCACAAGAUUUAUUUGAAUCAGUUUUAGAAUUAGGUGAAAAGGGUUGUAAAAAAAUAUUUUCAAUUUUAUCAGAUCAAGUUAAAAAAUAUUCAACUGAUUUAAUUUCAAAUCAAUUAAAAAUAUAA